AUGAUUUUUUUCUUGCGUAGUAAGCCUGUUUAAAAAAAUAAUCUGUCGUGAUGGUGUCACGCGGAAUGAUGAUCGUUCGCGUCGCGAAUUCCGACGAGGACAAAAAGAGUUCAGCGCCUUCAUGUUCGCUGCUGUCGUCGCAUACUCACAGUAGACUGAGGUGUAUCAUCUUACACUCCAAAAGACAUAUCGCUUAUCCACCAUAAGGAGUCAAAGGUGAUGGCACGUGUCACGCGCCCUCGACAAAAAAUGGCGAACACGACUGAUUCACCCGCGACGGCCGGCAGCAGCCUCCUUUCGUCCUCGACAACGACACCAUUUCCCACCUCGUCGACAUCGACAGCAACUUAUUCGAGCGAGAACUACACCUUCAACUAUAGUGGUCUGUCGAACCUGGGCGGCUACUCGCUGGACGAUUUCAACUACACGGAACUGUGGUUGGACGUCUGGAACGGCACUGAGGUCAGCAAUGUCACCGAAAGGCUGAACGCGACGGUGUUGUUACCGAGUGGCUAUUGUGAUGAAUGGGAGGCUGCUCAGCACAAGCUCUUCCAGGCAGCAAAUUUAUUUUUUGCGGCUGCGUUUCUGGUGCCACGCUCGUUCAAGGCUUCCGUCUUGGCUCUUCGCACGUGUCUCACGGCGGGUUUCAUGUUGGCAGCUCUCUGGGCCGGGUUCACCAUAUGCGCUCUAGAUGCCAUGUUAUGGUGCUUGGCCCUUGGUUUGUUAAAUGGCAUUCAUUCGUUGAUACUCGCCUGUCGAUUUCUGCCUCCGGCUCUUAGCCCCGAACUAGCCGAACUAUAUUUGAAGCUCUUCAAGCCUUACAAGGUUAGCAAGAAGCAUUUCCAGGAGCUGGCGAAGGAGGCGAGAAUACUCAAGUUGGAUUCCGAUCAGACCUACGCAACGGAAGGGGUCACGCCGGCGGAUAGGAGGCUGUCUAUUCUUUUACGUGGAAAAAUGAAGGUAACUUGCGACGGAACUCACUUGCACUACAUCAGAGCCUACCAAUUCGUCGACUCGCCCGAAUGGGAGGCCACGCAUGAAAACGAUGCCGACGUCUUCCAGGUGACGAUACUAGCUGAGGAGCCCAGUACGUAUAUCUGUUGGACGAGAAUGAAGUUACUCAGGGUGCUCCGGCACAGGCCAUUGCUCAAGGUCGUUCUCAACACCCUCAUCGGUAAGGACAUUACGUCCAAGUUGUAUGCCCUUAACGAGCAGCUCGCUGGUGUAGCGGCCGCCAGUGAGAACGCCACAUCGAAUCCUUACAGGGGGGUCGCAAGAAGCCUCAGCGUCGAUGCCGUUAAUACGGAAACCGCUGGAAGGGUUCGAUCUACGACCUGGAGGGCGCAAAAGCAAUAUAGCAGUUCGCGUAGUGACAGGAGCUCUUUGGGUCGGUAUUCCCACCAGUACUGGGCGCCAGUAGUGGCAAACCAUUUUCCGCCAACCUCGCCGUUCAUUCAAAGCCAAAACCUCGGCUACUCGUUACUGCCGCAGGGUGACCAGUUCUCGCCACCUCCGCGAGUACCCGUGCCAACCUACCACCCUCCUGUGGCGCGACAACGAAGCGGGGAUACUGGCGGCGAUUACACCCUGCUACCUCAGACACCGAAGCUCGAGAGGAAACGUUCGAGAAAAGGGACUCGAGAGGUGACCUUCGAGACACCGGUAUGACGCUCACCCGACGGGGAAGGGCCUGCUAGCGUGCCUCUACUUUCACUGUCGCCGCAACGCUCCGCCUAGCCCCGUCGUGGUCUUGUUGUCAUCUUAAAGCACGCAGCAAAACUCACCCUUUGAACUUCCGGUUAACACGAUACCGAUGAAUGGCCUAUUUCUUCGGAAGAGAGAACGCAACGCGGUCUUGGUACCGCAUGGAUUAUGCUUCAGUACCACAAGGAUCCCUGGUACCACAAAAUCGCAAGAACGCGGAUGAACGAAGUCGUUGGGCGCAGUUUUGACGUGUGCAAUUGAUUUUCAUAUCUUGCAAGUGCCACGCCUUAUAGAGACACGCACGUAUGUGUAAAAUCGAAACCGCGAUGGCGGCCGUUAAAAAUAAAAAAUUAUUUCGAUAUCCUUCGAUCGCGUUUGGAGUAUCCAUCAAAGUUUCGAGAUGGACCGUAAUUCAAUCGUGAUGGAGAUGAACAUGAAUCGUUCAUGAGUUAACGUAAAAAUAUAAGAAUAAAGCGAUAAAGGAGAGAGAAAUCGUAAACGAAAGAUUAAAUAUAGAUUAUAUUGUAUUAAUGAGCAUCGCCUCUGUGUACACUUUUACAUCGACUGUGAUUACAACGGAUAUAAUUAUUAAGUCUUUCAGAGAAACGCUGAUUAUAUACACAUACAGAAAAACACGUGCGUAAAUACAUAUAGCUGCCGUGGUAACCAUACACGUGUAUCUCGCAUUUGCGCGAGUUAAGAUGUCCUUCGCGCAUAAUAAUUUUCAGUUUUUAUAUAUAUACAUUUACAAUUAAAAAAUUCUUAAUUCUAUGCAGAUCUUUUUUUUUAUCGUAUUACCUUAUCUGUGAUUCCAAACACCAGUUAUUCGAUUACACGUAAGCAAAAAUAAAUCGCUUGAUCUAUGAAUUAUUACACAGUUGCAUAACAUUAAUACAAAAACAAUACUUUAUUACUAUAUGUAUCAUUAAUGAAGGACAUCCAAACAGCGUAAACAAGUCGAGAUCGUCGUAUAAAAUUAGUGCAUAAAAUGCGCAUUCACGAUAAAUAUGAUAUUUCGAGAAAACACACAGCAAUUUGUGAACAGAAAAUUGCAUUUGCACAUUCCUUAAUCAACUGUAAAAUGCGUUAAAUAAAUAAACAGAAAAAAAUAAAGAUGAAAUAAAAAACAAGCCGAAUGAUCCGGAGUUAAAAAAAAACAGAUAAGUGCUUUGUUAAAAAAAGAAACCUGCAAUAAAGUGCUUCGAAAAUCGUAGUUAAUGGCGAGAUGCAAAUUAUAAAAAGCAAAGUUUAAUUAUUCGCGCGGGUUAAGCGAAAGAAAAGCUAAUAUGCGUCGUGUGUGACACGUAGAAGAAAAAAACAUGUGUGUUUGUAUGUUUCUAUGUUUAUAUAAUCACCGCGUGUGUGAGAGUGAAGCCGUAGAAGAUCAAUAAAGACGCACAAACGAUUAAACAAAAAACGUGAAAGGAAUACAAUUAAUUAAAACGGCUGUGUAGAGUCGAGUGUAAAUGUUAAACACAAAAAUGGUUGUAGAGAGUAUUGUAACGUUACGAAGGAUCGUAUGAAGUUCUAAGAG